AAAAAACCAACUACACUCCAUUACUUCAAUAAUGCUUAUUCUUGUUGCUUUCAAAUCAUUUCUCCUCCUUCUCCUUCUUACUCCGCCGCAUCCCGCCGUAUCUUCCACCGUCACCACCACCUCCUCCGGCCACGCAAUCCCAUUCCCAUCCUACGAGCAUCUCAACAUUAAAGAAUCCAUCGCCGCCACCGUCCUCCGCCCCCCUCAAUCUUCUUCCCACGACACCAACCACUACGCCGCCGUCGACAGUGAACUAACUCAAAAACCCACCACCAACCACAACUCCACCGCCGCCAAGCUCCACCUGGUACACAGAGAUAAGCUUGCCUUCUCAUGGCACCACGACCACCGCCGCCGUUUCGAGUCCCGCAUGAAGAGGGACGCCAGGAGGGUGGGCGGCCUGAUCCGCCGCCUCUCCGGCGGCGGCGGCGCAGCCGCCUACGAGGUGGCGGAUUUCGGGUCGGAGGUGGUUUCCGGCAUGGACCAGGGCAGCGGCGAGUACUUCGUGAGGAUCGGCGUUGGCAGCCCGGCGAGGAGCCAGUACAUGGUGAUAGAUUCCGGCAGCGAUAUUGUGUGGGUACAAUGCCAGCCCUGCAGCCAGUGCUACCACCAGUCCGACCCGGUAUUCGACCCGGCCGAUUCCGCCUCCUUCACCGGAGUCUCCUGCAGCUCCUCCGUCUGCGACCGGGUCGAGAACUCCGGUUGCCACGCUGGCCGGUGCAAGUACGAGGUCUCGUACGGAGACGGGUCGUACACCAAGGGAACCCUAGCCAUGGAGACGCUGACAAUCGGCCACACUACGGUCCAAAACGUGGCGAUCGGAUGCGGCCAUAUGAACCGCGGCAUGUUCAUCGGGGCCGCCGGGUUGUUGGGCCUCGGCGGUGGGUCCAUGUCUCUCGUGGGCCAAUUGGGCGGGCAGACGGGCGGCGCGUAUAGCUACUGCCUAGUGAGCCGCGGCACCAGCUCGUACGGCUCGCUGGAGUUCGGACGGGCAGUACUGCCCGCUGGGGCCGCGUGGGUCCCGCUGCUCCGGAACCCGCGAGCCCCGAGUUUCUACUACGUGGGGCUCUCGGGCCUCGGCGUCGGAGGAACUAGGGUUCCGAUAUCGGAAACCACUUUCCGGCUGACCGAACUGGGUGGCGGCGGGGUGGUGAUGGACACCGGCACGGCGGUGACGCGUUUGCCCGCGGCGGCUUACGUGGCGUUCCGCGACACCUUCAUGGCGGAGACUGCCAACCUGCCGCGGGCCGCGGGGGUUUCGAUAUUCGACACGUGUUACGAUCUGAACGGGUUCGUGACGGUUAGGGUGCCGACGGUGUCGUUCUUCCUGUCGGGCGGGCCGAUCCUGACCCUCCCGGCGAGGAACUUUCUAAUUCCGGUGGACGAGAGGGGUACGUUUUGCUUUGCGUUCGCUCCGUCGCCUUCGGAUCUUUCAAUAAUAGGGAACAUUCAGCAAGAAGGUAUCCAAAUAUCAUUUGAUGGGGCAAAUGGGUAUGUUGGAUUCGGGCCAAAUGUUUGUUGAUGACCCGAGAAUUGUAGUUUUGUUGGUGUGAAUUGUAAAACAAGUUCUUUUCCCCCCUGGGCUAGUAUAUAGUAUAUACUAUUUAGUAGAGUUUAAAUUAAACAUGUAUUGCAUGAGUUAAUAAGUGUCAUCCCCUAGGUAGAUAUAUUGCUAAUAAAAAUAUAUAUGUUUUUUGGUGAUCAA